AUGAAGGUGACUGUUACUUUCGGACACACGGGAGUGGUGGUGCCCUGCAGGGACGGCUGGACUGUCCGGGACCUCAUCCAGCAGGCCACACAGAGAUACAGAAAACUCCUGGAGCAGGAAGGACAUUUUCUGGUGCGGACGCAUCACGUUGAAUACUGUGACGGAGGAAUUCUGGACCCUGAUGACAUACUUACUGAUCUGGUGGAGGACAAGGACAAGGUAAGAACGUGUCUACUGAUGCAAUGUCCUCCAGACUGGGGAUUGGAUCUGAUGGUCAGCCUAAAUGAACCGGCCCCUGCUUUGAGGGCCCUGACGGUGCCACCGCCCAUCUGGGUGGAGACACUCCCACUCAGCAGGUGGGAAUUGAGAUCACCAACACUGCCCACUCCCUCCAGCUCUGACCCGCUGAGGCAGAGUGGCUGGCAGUGCACCCACCGACACAGGGAGGAGUUCUCAGGUGGCACAAACUGCCCUCUCACCUGUCCGUUGUCCACCCCGAGGUGGGGGGGGUUUGUGGAGCAUGAGGGCUGUGUGGCGUCAUCUCUCAGAGGGGAGCUGGGAGACGGAGAGGGCAGGAGAGAGAUGGGCAGAACGCAAGCAGAGGGCAACGGGAAGCUUAAGGAGGCUUAA